AGGCAUAAAACCAGUUUAAAAAAAAGUUAUGAUUUGAGGUUAAGCUUUCGUUUAUAUUUUUGCCGAAAGUUAAAUACAUAAUACAUAAAGAUUGAUUUUUUAAUCAAAUAUUACUGUUCUACUCAAUUACGUAACUGUACAAUAUACUUAUAUAAACUCGUCAUCAUCAGCCAUGGGAGAUGAGGAUGUGAUACGUAGAAGACUUCUAAUCGACGGAGAUGGAACAGGUGAUGAUCGGAGACUGAACGUUUUAUUGAAAACGUUCAUAAAAUGGUGUAACAGUGCAGAUGAAAAACCUGAGGAAAGUAAAGCAACACAUGAUAGAAUGCUGGCUCAACUUGCACAGUGUGAAUUUGCAGUCACAAAGUCUCAGCUUGCUUCAGAAAUGAUGGCCGCCGAACUACAAAGCUAUGAAGAUUUGUCCAAAAUACUAGAAAACGGCAUAGAGAUUGCUAAACAGAACAUAGAAAAGAGCAAAGCAGAUUUUGCUCAAGCAAAAACUGUUAGAAAGAAUCGCAUAGAAUACAAUGUUCUAGCUAAAGUAAUAAGCGAGCAGCCAGAUAGAAAAGAAACAUUAGAACGGCUUAGCUUAUUAAAAACGGAAUUAAGUAGUUUAGAAAUGACUAAACAACAGUUGGAAAGUCGUUUGUCGUUAAGGAAAAAACAGUUCCAUGUGUUGGUGACAUCAAUACAUCAGUUGCAAGCUUUAUUGGAUGAGCCAGAUGAUAUGGAAUCUGUAUCUGAAGAUGUUGAAAUGAAGUAAAUUUCGCUUAUGGAAUAUGCUACAUUAUAUUUUUAUAAGUAUUUUUUUUUAAAUUAAAUUGGACUUGCUUUCCUA